CUACCCCGGACAUAUGUGCAAGUGUGCGGGAUGGAUCCACUGCGGGAUGAUGGCCUGGUCUUUUGCGCGCGCUUGAAGGAGAUGGGCAUUGAAGUUGGAUUGGAUGUGUAUCCGGGCUUGCCGCAUGCAUUUAACAAUAUCCAAGACGAGUUGCUGCCGGCAUCGGGGAGAUUCUGGCGGGAUUGUGAGAAGGGGGUUAGGUGGCUGCUU